UGGCAAGAAAAACUCAAAUAAGCAUUCUUCUCUCUCUACCCCCCUUACAUCACCACACGGUCUUUCACACCUCCCAGCCCUUCUCAGCAGAGAGGAAGUGGGCAGUGUGGAGGGAAUAGGUGGGGUGGACAGGAUAUAAGUCAUUAAAGAGUUUAGAGAGAGGAAGUGAUAGAAUACAUUGAGAUGGAACACACCUGUCUUCUACUCUUGCUGUUCAGUGCACUGGUAUACUCCGGCCUCGGUCAUAAUGGAGUAUCUCUGAGCGUCCAUCCCAACCAAUCUCAGUUCUUUGAAUAUGAGUCUUUAACUGUGAGCUGUGAGGUUCAGGGGAGCUCUGCUGGAUGGACACUGAAGAGAUACACAUCGACUGGGAAGCUUUCAGCUUGUGGAAGCGACUGGGGAAAACAACAAGGUUCUUCAUGCAUCGUGUCACUAAUACUAUCAGACAGUGGAGUGUACUGGUGUGAGUCUGGGUCUGGAGAACACAGCACUGCUGUCAACAUCACAGUACACGCUGGGGCUGUGAUCCUGGAAAGCCCUGCCCUUCCUGUGACUGAGGGACAUUCUGUGACUCUGCGCUGCCGAUACAGAAAGGACAAGGAAAUGAAUGUAACUCCCUCUGACCUCACAGCCGAUUUCUACAAAGAUGGAUCCCUCAUCAGGACUGAGACUACAGCAGAGAUGACCAUCCCUGCAGUAUCCAAGUCAGAUGAAGGACUCUACAAGUGUUCCAACUCUGAAGGAGAAUCACCGGAGAGGCUGAUGACUCUGACAGUUCUCUCUCCUCCAGUCUCUCUGAGCGUCCGUCCCAACCGAUCUCAGUUCUUUGAAUAUGAGUCUUUAACUGUGAGCUGUGAGGUUCAAGGGAGCUCUGCUGGAUGGACACUGAAGAGAUACACAUCGACUGGGAAGCUUUCAGCUUGUGGAAGCGACUGGGGAAAACAACAAGGUUCUUCAUGCAUCGUGUCACUAAUACUAUCAGACAGUGGAGUGUACUGGUGUGAGUCUGGGUCUGGAGAACACAGCACUGCUGUCAACAUCACAGUACACGCUGGAGGUGUGAUCCUGGAGAGCCCUGCCCUUCCUGUGACUGAGGGAGAUUCUGUGACUCUGCGCUGCAGAUAUCAGGGAACUCCCUCUGACCUCACAGCCGAUUUCUACAAAGAUGGAUCCCUCAUCAGGACUGAGACUACAGCAGAGAUGACCAUCCCUGCAGUAUCCAAGUCAGAUGAAGGACUCUACAAGUGUUCCAACUCUGAAGGAGAAUCACCGGAGAGGCUGAUGACUCUGACAGUUCUCUCUCCUCCAGUCUCUCUGAGCGUCCGUCCCAACCGAUCUCAGUUCUUUGAAUAUGAGUCUUUAACUGUGAGCUGUGAGGUUCAGGGGAGCUCUGCUGGAUGGACACUGAAGAGAUACACAUCGACUGGGAAGCUUUCAGCUUGUGGAAGCGACUGGGGAAAACAACAAGGUUCUUCAUGCAUCGUGUCACUAAUACUAUCAGACAGUGGAGUGUACUGGUGUGAGUCUGGGUCUGGAGAACACAGCACUGCUGUCAACAUCACAGUACACGCUGGGGCUGUGAUCCUGGAAAGCCCUGCCCUUCCUGUGACUGAGGGACAUUCUGUGACUCUGCGCUGCCGAUACAGAAAGGACAAGGAAAUGAAUGUAACUCCCUCUGACCUCACAGCCGAUUUCUACAAAGAUGGAUCCCUCAUCAGGACUGAGACUACAGCAGAGAUGACCAUCCCUGCAGUAUCCAAGUCAGAUGAAGGACUCUACAAGUGUUCCAACUCUGAAGGAGAAUCACCGGAGAGGCUGAUGACUCUGACAGUUCUCUCUCCUCCAGUCUCUCUGAGCGUCCGUCCCAACCGAUCUCAGUUCUUUGAAUAUGAGUCUUUAACUGUGAGCUGUGAGGUUCAGGGGAGCUCUGCUGGAUGGACACUGAAGAGAUACACAUCGACUGGGAAGCUUUCAGCUUGUGGAAGCGACUGGGGAAAACAACAAGGUUCUUCAUGCAUCGUGUCACUAAUACUAUCAGACAGUGGAGUGUACUGGUGUGAGUCUGGGUCUGGAGAACACAGCACUGCUGUCAACAUCACAGUACACGCUGGAGGUGUGAUCCUGGAGAGCCCUGCCCUUCCUGUGACUGAGGGACAUUCUGUGACUCUGCGCUGCAGAUAUCAGGGAACUCCCUCUGACCUCACAGCCGAUUUCUACAAAGAUGGAUCCCUCGUCAGGACCGAGACUACGGGAGAGAUGACCAUCCCUGCAGUAUCCAGGUCAGACGAAGGACUCUACAAGUGUUCCAACUCUGAAGGAGAAUCACCGGAGAGACGGAUGACUCUGACAGACCCCACUACAGUGCCGGUGUUGUCCAUGUCUCUGCCCAGGCUGCUGGGUAGUCUACUGGUGGUGUGUCCCUACCUGCUGGUGACCGUCAUACUGCUGGUGAAAGGCAACAGACGUAGGGCUCAAGGUGACCGUUUUGAAGAACAGUGAGGCUGAGAAACACCUGAUCACCAUGACAACACUCAGAAUGGAACACACAACAUUCUAAUUCUGGACCUGUGAUUUACACCCAAAACAUGUAUUCUUCUCCUGGCCCAUAGUGGCAUUUAAAAAAUAAAAUAAAAUGAAACGAUUUAUUUAACUGCUUUGAUGUAUUUGUCUUAUUUUAAGCUGUUUCAAUAUAUGUUGUGUUGUAUAAUUCAUUCAGCAGCAGUCCUUUUAAAUGGGUAAUCUGCAGAUCAAAAAUACAAAACCACCCAGCCACUGUUUUGGUAAACAGCUGUGUAACCUAUACAGCCGACGUGUGUUUUUGUUCAUGACAUUGAUAUGAAUACGACUAUCUGAGAAUAUAACUGAAUGAUUUGAAUAUACAAGUAAUAUAGGCCUCGUGUUUUUUAUUUUUCAAUUUAACAUCUAGAUACUAUCUGACAUUUUGUAACAUAAAUUAAUUUCCUCAUUCCUGUAUGAAUAAACAUC